UGGUGCGAACGUAAGAGCUCACAGUACUGAAACUUGGGGGGCCCAAAAACGAAACGGGAAGGUUUGGGCGUUCGUAUCCUCUGGGUUUGUUUAUACCUCACCUGUCGAUAUACGAAGGGGCGGAGAAUGAGGCGGAGGCCAUUUUACCCAUCUGAUUUGCAAAGGGAAAAGGGAAAGCACUGAAGUGAAGUGCGUGAAUCCACCUGCCGAAGAAAACUGAGUCUGACAACUUUUUUAUCUGCAAACUGUUUUGAAAAUGUCCCUUUAAAAUACCGUGUAAUUAUUUACGGAAUAAUAUUUACUUUACUAUACUUUAAAAAUGAAAAAAAGUCAUUUUAGUAACCUCCUGGGUCGGAAGAACCAGUCACUUUUCGACACCAACAUUGAAAUUAAGGAGAGGGACAAUGUGGAGCUCGUUAUAGACGCUGCUCAUAUUCCUGAAUCAGGCACAGCCAAAGUGAGGGCCAGGCCAACCGUCAAACACUUCAGCUCAAGCACAUCCUCAUCUGACAUCAUGCAAGGGUUUGCCGUCCCAACCCCGAAAGUGCCUGUUUUUUCCUCCUUCAAAGGACCAAACACAAACGGGACAGGUGGGAAACUCUCUAAUGGAGUAUCUGUUCCUGACUCAGUGGAAGGGGACAUAUUCAUUCCGCCACCUCCCUCAAUGGCACCGCCGCCUCCUCCAUCACAGUUCUUCAUUCCUCCCCCACCAGAUUUUUCCUUCGACUCCUCUCCCCAAGAUGAAGAUCUGGCUUCCCUCCAUCCACCACCUAUGCCUCCACCUAAACCCCCAUCUAAAUCUCCAUCACCACACCACAGCUGGGAUCCUAACUUUGCUGCUCUCAAACCCCCACCAAUGGCACCCCCAAAGGCUCCCUCAGAUCUAUCCAGUUCUAAUGUCUCUGCACCUAUUUCAGCCCCACUAACUAAUGGCCCAGAGUGUCCCAAAUUUGCCCCUCCCAAACCCCCAGGGUCUGUAGAGAAACUUCAAACUACCCCACCUAAAUCUCACAAAGUUCCCCCACUGAAGCCAGUAAGGCUUUCCUCCAUGUCAAGUCUGGACAACCUGCCGCUUUUCCCAGCUCCAACACCCCCUGCCUCUGCUUCCACACCUUCUACAUUCAACCCCCAGAACACAGCAAAGCUAUACAGCGUGCCUAAACCUGGAGUACUGAGCAGGGAGCCAGACAUUGAAAAACCAACAAGGCCUAUUCUGUUCCUACAGGACAAUUCUACUGACCCAAUCCCUAUCCAAUUCAAUGAAAAAAUGCCUUCUGAUAACACUGAAUUUGGGUUAGCCAAGGCACAGGUGCCUCCCACUAAGCCAGCUAGGAGGAACAGCAGUGGCCUCCAGCUUGAGAAGGAUCUUCAGGACCUCAAGGAGAACCUGCAGUCCACUCUCCCUGACAAGGCUGUCAAGGUACAGGAAGAUACACCGGUGACUCCACUGCCAUUACUAACACCUCAAGUGCCCAAUAAGCCCACCCCAGAACUGACCCCAACUGCUUCCCCUAUACCUGAGAAGACACCACCUGCCACCCCCUAUUCAAAUUCACCAGGCAGGAGCCGUAAGCUUCUUCCAUAUGUCAGCCGCACUCCAUACUACCGCAGAGUCCCAGACAGUAGCACACCAGGCGCCGCCUCACCUCUUGCACUCUUACAGGCCGCUAAAGAACGAGAAAAGCAAAGAGGCUCAUUGUCAAGAGAGAACAGUGGCAAGAGAAACAGCUACGGUGAGCCAAGCACUGUAAGCAUCCACCAGAGUCAGUCCACGCCCAACUCCUUCACAGUCAUCCCCAGGCCAACUUCAUCCUUGUCUCACGGUGGAAGAGAGAGUCCAGACCCACUGCACCGCUUCAGCAUGGAGAACGACUCGCGAUCUGCGAGUCCCAGCAGUCUGGUGGCGGAGCUCCUUGAGAAACACGACACUGAGGAGGCGCCACCCACGGCACCAGAUACCACUUUCGUGCAGGAGGUGAAGGUUGGUCAAGCCAAGGAGGUGAAGCAUGAAGAGCCCAAGGAGGACGUCAGUGUUCCCUUCAUCCCACCGCCUCCAGAAUUUGCCAACUCAGACACAGAGGAAGAGAGCAGCCUGGAACAACCAGAGCCCCCUCCCAGCUUCCCUCCCCCUGACCCCCCCUCGCAGAAAGUCCCUAGCCCUAUCCCAAUACUUGCUGUCCCACCCCCUCCAAGCAUGGUUCCUCCCCCACCCCCAAAACCCAAGGCAUCAAAACCACCAGGUCCUCCUAAACUCCCUGUUCAGAAGGCCGAGGUCAAGCCCAAACCACCAAGCCAAGCUGACAAGCUGAAGCCACAGCCCCCCCUUCCACCAGCGCAGGCCCUCUCCCCCAGCCAGGCCACUCUUCUCAGCAUCCUGCAGAAAAAGAUGCUGGAGAUGGACCAGAAGCACUCAUUCCAGGAGGUCAACACCAACAACGAUGACUGGGGUUCAGCAGAUGAACCCACCAUCCCAGUAAGGCCACCCCCAAUUCCAAAACCAAAGAGCACAUCGAGCCUGCCUCGCCAGUCCGCAGGCCUGGACAUGGGUGAGCUGGAGCGAACGGUGGCCAAAAAAGCUCAGGACUCCAUUGCUCCAAAAGCACCCACCAGCAAUGGAUCACAGUCAAAGCAAGCUUACGGCAUGACAUUUACAGUGCGGCCGGGAACUAAAGAACCAAUCACGCCAGUGAUCAAAGGAGAUACUCCUUAAAGCCACAGAGAACAUUCUGGACAUUUUCUGUGCAUGAAUGGCAUUUUAAGUGUGGCUUUCUCUGUACUCUUCCCAACACAAGAACAGACAAAGGAAAGAGAGAUGAGUCUACUGUGGAGACGGGGGUUCUGUAAUCACCAGAAGAGUUAAAAAGCGCUUAUGACAAGGAAUUGUGCAAACCCAGAGACUGAGAAUGUGCCCUGCAAUUCCACUACCCUCAAAAUGUUGUGCUGGACUAACUCGAUUCAAAACUUUUUCCAGAAGUAUUGCUUAACCUUGGAAGGACAGGAUUCGGUCAAAUUGCUUGCGCCUACGAUCAAAGUGCCAAGUCUCCGGAUGUCAGCUUUGCUUUCAGCGAUAUACCCGAUAACCUUGGCUGCUGUGGAUUUUUUUUUUUAAAUGGGUAUGAUGAGUAAAUAUUGGCACACUGUUAUAACAAAAGUCAAUUCGAUAGAGGCAACCUAGUGCAUUUUUCAAAAAAUGUUAUCUUAGUGAAUUAUUAGUGCUUUAUUAAAUAAAGUAACAUAUUAAUAGACCACAUUUCAGAUUAAACUUGACUGAGGCUGUCUGGGAUUACCAGGAUAGCCAGAAGCAAGCAAGACAGCCAAAGUUUGCAGAAGAACUGUUCCAAGUUCUCCAAUAAGUUUGGUACAACCCAUCAGCUGAUUUCCUUAUAAAACUGCAGGACCCAAGAGAAUUGAUGCAGUUGAUGCAAGGGGAAGGGUGAUCACAACAAAUAUAGAUUUAUUUUCAUUUUUAGCUGCUCAUCGCUCUUUAUUGUACAUUUUUUUAUAUUUGUUCAUUAUAUUUGAAAGCAUUCUUAAUGGAUAAGGCCAAUAAAUUAAUUUAUCCCCACCCUUUUAUGGAUGCAUUUACACUGUGGGCUUCUCAUAAUGUUUACAAGCAAGGGUGGGGAGGUGACCCUUCGGACACAUUUGAACACACAAGGGCACAGUAGGGACCUGGGACCAGAACUGGGAUGGCCAAACAUUUAACCAGUGGUCACUUUUUUUGUUGAAUAAUCUUCAUAUAAAAAACCGACUAAGCUGUAUUCAUAUGUAUAACUACUAGUUUUCCCAUUUAAAAUGACAUUGUUUGUGCUGGUAAUAGUCAAUGUAUACAAUCAUUUAUACUUUGAAAAUAAAAUAUUCGCUCAAUAUUUGCCAAA